GCACCUAAGGACAGAAAUCUCCGUAUCACACAGGCCACUCUGCCACAGGCGAGCUAGAGGGAGGAGGUGCAGGGACACAUAAAGGGAACGGGAACAGGGAGAGGCAGGCUAGAUCAAGGGAAAGGAGGGAGCACUCAAUAGAUAGACAACAAGAUUAAAUAGAUAAUCUAGAAAAUUAGAUAUAGGAAUAAAUAAUUUGAUAGAUUGGAGUAGAUAGAUAUAGAUAGAUACAUAGAUUAGACAGAUAGAUUAGAUAAAUCAUUAGAUAGAUAUAGAUUAGAUACUAUAGAUAGAUGACAGACAGACAAGAGGGGAUGGAAAGUAUUAUAUAAAGAGGAAAGGAACCAAAAGGUGUGGGUUGUUCUAGUUCUAGUCAAGAGGGAAGUUAGUAAGUUCACUAAUCAGAGUCAUGAGAAAAGACAAGCGUGGAAUACGUAAGCACGUGCUGAGAGGGUAAGACAGGUGUGAGGACAAAGGCAGGGCAUUAUUUUAGACACAUAUGGGUAGGUUAGACAUAUGCAAUGAGCAAUAAGACAAGGACUGAGCAGUAAAAGGCAUUCACUGUGCUUACACUUGCUAGCAGGAAACGUUGUGCUAAACUCCACCGACUUUAGCUCACUAGCUGACAGAAUUUAUUUUUAAUAUAAGCAAGAAAUAUAAAUCAUCAACUGCAUGAAAGGAAAUCAUCAUGUCUUUCAAUAAGACAGACACUUAGCAGACACUGCACCGUCCCACCCGUCUGCAGCAGUACCGGGAAGCUGGCUGAUCCAGUUUCAGACAAGGUUGAUGAUGCUCUGUCAAGCUGCCUGGGUAAAGUGACUGGAAAAUGACAUACUAAACUGUUAAUAGGGACAUGGGACGAACAUUGCUAUUGAUCAUUUGUGUGGAUUUUACCAUUGUACAGCUACAUAAGGAGAGAGAACGGCAGCAAGAGCUAAGACAGCUAACCUAUCUUGAAGGUCAUCAAACCUUUUCUAUUUAAUUUCUGUUUGAGACAAUGUCUGAUCAAGAUAAAUUGAACCAAGAGUCACUGGAGGAACCUGGAAAAGAACAGGAUCCUGAGACCUCCCCAACGAUCCCAGAGAAGAGCAUCAUUAAUCAAACGGAAACAGAUGAGAGAAGAGAGGAGAUCCAGAAACGAAAUCUAAUUCAACAGAAAAAGAGAUCUAAGUCCGGAGCUAAGGGUAAACUUGUUAGAAGCCUUGCUGUUUGUGAAGAGACUUCUCCUCGUGGAUUUGGUGACGAUUACCCAGACAAGGAGUGUAUUCAUCUUCAUCUUUCCAGCCCUUCUGAUCUGCAAGAAGAUAUAAACCUUAAAGAUGAUAGUGAGAAAGACAAAGAUAGAAGCAAAGACAGAGAGAAGACAUUUGAAAAAACAAAAGCCAGGACACUAUCAAAAGAAUGCAGCCAGGAAUACACAGACUCCACUGGUAUAGACCUUCAUGAAUUUCUGAUUAACACUCUAAAGAAUAAUUCAAGGGACAGAAUGAUUUUAUUGAAAAUGGAACAAGAAAUUAUUGAAUUCAUCAACGACAACAAUAAUCAUUAUAAAAAAUUCCCUCAAAUGUCCUCAUAUCAAAGGAUGCUUGUGCACAGGGUUGCAGCGUACUUUGGAAUGGACCAUAAUGUCGAUCAAAGCGGAAAAUCUGUGAUAAUUAACAAAACCAGCAAUACUAGGAUACCAGAGCAAAGGUUUUGUGAACAUUUAAAAGAUGAAAAAGGUGAAGAUUCCCAGAAGCGAUUUAUCUUGAAGCGAGAUAACUCUAGUAUUGAUAAAGAAGACAAUCAGCAAAAUAGAAUUCAUCCAUUUAGAGAUGACAGACGAAGUAAAUCAAUUGAAGAGCGAGAAGAAGAGUAUCAGAGAGUAAGAGAGAGAAUAUUUGCACAAGAUUCUGUUUGCUCCCAAGAAAACAUUUUUAUGGUAAUCAGGCUUUCAGAAGAAACGGGCAUAUGCAAUGAUAUUCAAAAGAAGAGGCAGCUAUUUAGGGGUAACAGAGAUGGGUCUGGAAAAGCCUCUGGAAGUCGUCAAAGUAGCACAGAGAAUGACCUAAAAUGGGCUGAUCAAAGACCUUGGAGCAGUACGGAUUCAGAAAGCUCGAACCGGAAUCUGAAGCCAGCCAUAACAAAGAAUGCAAGUUUUGGUGGAAUAACUGUUCUAACAAGAGGUGAUAGCUCUGCCAGCAGUAGAAGCACCGGAAAACUGUCCAAAACAGGUAGCUCAGAGUCUUCCAGCAGUGCUGGUUCCUCAGGAUCUUUGUCACGAUUACAUCAACCUCCCCAAAGUACAUCUAUAGUCUCUGGAACAUCAAUCAGCACUACAGGCAACAUACCUUUUUCCGAAAAUGGAAUAACAUCCAGUAACACCAGCUAUAUUAUACUGCCACUUGACGCUGCAGGAAUACCACCUGGCAGCAUACUUCUCAAUCCACACACAGGUCAGCCAUUUGUAAAUCCAGAUGGAACACCAGCGAUAUACAAUCCUCCCAGUGGUCAGCAGGCAAUGAGGGCCCCAGUUGUAGGACAGUCGCAGCAACAAACGUCCUCACAUCCACAGCAAACUCAGCAACCAAUGCAAGGCCAUCUUGUUUCACAGGCUCUGCAGAAUUCUUCACAGCCUGUGCAGUACCCUGCUGUUUCCUAUCAACAGCAUCUACUUCCUGUCUCCCCUACACAACAAUUCCAAGUGAGAGGAGAUGACAUCACAUCCCAGUUUAACCAAAUUAACUUGAGCCGUCAGUCAUCAGGAGAGACACCUGAACCCACCUCAGGACCUGUUUUUCCUUCAGCCAUUCUCACACAGCCAUCGCAGCAGACCAGCUUUGUAAUAUCGUCCUCCAAUCAGCAGAUUGCACCAGGAAGUUUUACAGGAUCAGGUCAAUCAGUGACCCUGCAGCCGCCACCACAGGGAUAUGUACAGCAAUCACCUGCACAGAUGCCUGUAUAUUACUACCCAUCUGGACAGUACCCUACCUCAGCAAAUCAACAGUAUAGACCUGUUGCCUCAGUACAAUAUAAUGCACAGCGAAGUCCACAGAUACCCCCCGCACCACAACAAACAGGAUAUCAGCCUGUUUUAUCUAGUCAACAACAAGGAUUCCAGGGUCUCUUAGGGAUGCAACAGCCUCCUCAAAGCCAGAACUUGAUCAACAAUCAACAGGGAAGCCAGGUGCAAGGCAUGAUGGUCCAGUAUCCAUCAAUGUCUUCAUAUCAGGUGCAAAUGCCCCAGAAUUCUCAAGGGAUACCACAACAGUCAUACCAACAGCAAAUCAUGUUGCCUAAUCUGUCAGGUCAAGGAACACUUACCGCCCCUGGGAUGCCUGUGUACUGUAAUGUUAUGCCUCCUUCCCAACAAACUAACCUAAGGCUGAUCGCACCACACUGUCCUAAUAGCAAUGUUCCAGUUAUCUCUUCAAACUGCAGGACAAACUGUUCCAACAUGACUAGCCCAGGAUGGCAAGUCAAGUACUGACAAUAGGAGGAAAUGCGGACACUAAAGAAAUUAAUUGCACAUCAAUGUAUUUCUCGAAACAAAAACCUAUGGCCUUCAAAAAUGAAAGAGAUAAUCACUUGAGACUCUACAUAUUGAAAGUGCUCAGAUGAUUGCUGCUGAUAAUCUGUAAAAAGAUAACAUAUUUUGCUGGCUAAUGGUGCAUAUUUUACAUGUCUGCUAUGCAUAAAUUUAAAGCUUAGCACAUGACAUGAGUUUAUUGAGGUAAGAUUUUUCAUACCAACGAACACCACUGUGUAGAUUGUUAUAUUCCCCUACCCAGAUUAGUUUUGUACUUUGUGUUGAGUUUGUGAACCUGAAGUAUUUAAAAAAGAUACAUAUAUAUAUAAAUAUAUGUACAUAUAUAUUAAAAUCACUGUACCAAAGCUAUAUUGGAUAAAAAAAGAGUGAUGUAACGAAGGAAUAAUUUAUAUACACUAUAACGUUUUUUAUGGAGAUAUGCUGUAUUGUAGUGUUUAUCCACAAUAAAACAUUCUGGCCUCACAGAGAAA